AGCUGAGUGGGCUACGGACCUCAGGGACUGAAACGCCGCGUUUCACAAUCUGAUGAUCUCUUGGCUUGGGACGGUGAGUUCCUAAAAUCUGAUCAAUCAGUCCGAUUGGAUUUGGAAUUUUUUGGGAAUUUGAAGUAUUGGUGAAGAAGGAACAGCACAGCAAAGCGAGAAAUGCAAUUCUUCGGGGGAACGGAGAUCAGCCCGUCGCUGCCGGCGUCAACGGCGUCGGGGAACAACGGCCACAUGAUGUACGUGUUCAACAGAAACGGCGUCUGCUUGCUCUACCGUGAAUGGAACCGGCCUCUUCACACCCUGAACCAACAGCAAGACCACAAGCUCAUGUUCGGCCUCCUCUUCUCUCUCAAGUCCCUCACCGCCAAGAUGGACCCCACCACUCCCGAUAAGGCCAAUCUCGGCGUCCCUCAGCUGCCCGGCCAAGGCUGUUCCUUCCACAGCUUCCGCACCAAUACCUACAAGCUUACUUUCAUGGAAUCCCCUUCUGGCAUUAAGAUUAUCUUGGUUACUCAUCCCAGGACCGGCGACUUGCGUGAAUCUUUGAAGUACAUUUACAACUUGUAUGUGGAAUAUGUCGUGAAGAACCCGCUCUACACUCCUGGAACUCCAAUCAGGUGUGAGCUAUUCAAUACAACGCUCGACCAAUAUGUAAGGAGCAUUUCGUAGAAAUCCAGUCACCAUUAUCAUCUACUUGUUCGUUGUUUUAUAAAAGUGGAUUUUAAACAAGGAAAUGGAAAAGCAUGCCAAGAUGAGGCCACCUAUGUGUGUUUCUCCUUCUGUUUGGACAAUGAUCUUAUGUCUAGGCUUAUGCUUAAAAAGCAGCAAUGUUCACUCUUACCCUGGCCCAAAGCCGAUGGGACACGUUUGGUUCUGAUUCUGCAACUUGAUUUAAAGAGUUUUACAAUGAGAGAUGCCCUAACAUUUUGACCUGUUUGGACUUUAGGUGUUUAUGGCAUGAUGUAAUAUCCUAUUUGUUUAUGUUAAAUUGGUUUGAUA